UUUAAAAUGUCUAAAAAAGUGAUUAAUGUAAAUCAAAAAGGAAAUAGGGACGCCGUAGUUUCUCUGAAUGAAAUUCAUCUCCCUAAAGUUGGUCCAGCAUCCACAACUACUGUACAGUUGGCCACGCCUCGUCGCCCAAAGAAGAGAUGUAAUACAAAGAAAAAAUUCGACAACUGUUCCCGGAUAUUGCCUUCUGAAAAAUCUUUUGACAAAUUCAUGACUAAUGAGAAAAUUAUGGAAAUCGCCUUGUCAAUGUAUCCUGGUAACGCAUUUGGCCAUAUAGAUUGCAUAAUACAACCGAUAAAAACCCCAAAAACAAUGGGAUGGCAAUGGUCAGUUAAAGAAACCGGUGGUGUAAAUAUAAAUCGAAAUUGGAGACCUGGUGCCAUACCUUUAGAUGUCGCUGAAAUUAUUGAGAAGGUUCGAUCAGGAACUAUUGGCCCACUGCCCGGGAGAAAUUUGAUGAAAUUAAAAUAACGGUUUAACAGAUACGUAAACAAAUAUCAUUCUUGGUGAUUGCCAUCAUUCAUCAAUAUCAUAAAAUUAUAUGAUAUCACUCAGUUACGAGAAUUAAUAAAUAAUAUUAUUGAUAUAAUAAAUAUAUAAAACGGUUUGAAAAAAUAGUAUGGUAGAAUUAUAUGGA